GGGGGAGGGUUGGGGGCGAGAGAGAAAGUAACUCCAGGACGAGACCGGAGCGACCCGCGCAGCGAGCAUAGGCGGCGAGGCUGUGCCCGGCGCCCGAGACCGGCGGCUGCGGGGGGCGGGGGCUGCGCCCGAGCCGGAUCCGCCGCUCCGGCUCCGAGCAGUGGUGUCGGGGAAAGGUCGUUGUCCAGCACAGAUGCGUUUGCCCGAGGCAGCACGAGAGAUUCUGGUGGAGGCGUAAAGCCUGGGGCUUCCAAUGAUACUCUGGGCAGCGAUGGAAGCCUAGAUGCCUCACCGCAAGGAGCGGCCGAGCGGGUCCUCGCUUCACACCCACAGCAGCGCCGGCACUGCGGAGGGAGGAAGCAUGUCCCGGUUAUCUCUUACCCGGUCGCCCGUGUCUCCCCUGGCCGCCCAGGGCAUCCCACUGCCCGCCCAGCUCACCAAGUCCAACGCACCUGUGCACAUCGACGUGGGCGGCCACAUGUACACCAGCAGCCUGGCCACGCUCACCAAGUACCCCGACUCCAGAAUAAGCCGCCUCUUCAAUGGCACCGAGCCCAUCGUCCUGGACAGUCUGAAGCAACACUAUUUCAUCGACAGGGAUGGGGAGAUUUUCCGCUACGUCCUGAGCUUCCUGCGGACGUCCAAACUGCUGCUCCCGGAUGACUUCAAGGACUUCAGCCUGCUGUACGAGGAGGCCCGGUAUUACCAGCUGCAGCCCAUGGUGCGGGAGCUGGAGCGCUGGCAGCAGGAGCAGGAGCAGCGGCGCCGCAGCCGCGCCUGUGACUGCCUGGUGGUGCGGGUCACGCCGGACUUGGGGGAGCGCAUCGCGCUCAGCGGUGAGAAGGCCCUCAUCGAGGAGGUCUUCCCUGAGACGGGGGACGUCAUGUGCAACUCUGUCAACGCCGGCUGGAACCAGGACCCCACGCACGUCAUCCGCUUCCCGCUCAACGGCUACUGCCGGCUCAACUCUGUGCAGGUGCUGGAGAGGCUGUUCCAGAGGGGUUUCAGUGUGGCUGCGUCCUGCGGGGGUGGUGUGGACUCCUCCCAGUUCAGCGAGUACGUGCUCUGCCGGGAGGAGCGGCGGCCGCAGCCCACCCCCACCGCGGUCCGGAUAAAGCAGGAGCCCCUGGACUAGGCCCUGCCUCGGUGCCCGCCUGAGGCCGUCUGGCCCUGGGGACACCCCCAGGGACCUGGAAACAAUGCUGGGGAGCGCUGCCUCUGCCUGCGCAGCUGCGGGCCAUGAGACUGGGGGCGGGGCUGGAGGGUCCAGAACCAGCCCAGGGAGCCCCAGAUAUCAUGGCUACAGAAUGUGGGCUGCCGGAGGCCCGCCCACUGAAGGACGGUUGAUGGGACCCAGAGAUGCUGCCCUGGGAACAGUACUCCGGGUGCUCGGGUUCCCCAGCCCCUUGCGGCCUUCCCCGAGAUGGGGUCAGCAGAGGCUUCCGGGCCCACGCCAGAGGAGCCACUCAUCCUUCUCCACGCUUGGCAACUCCUUUGGGUCUCCUUGCGUCACAGAUGGCUUAUUUUUCUACAGUAUUUAAGAUGGAAGGAACUAACUGCACAAGCCAGAGAGGCCGACAAGGACCAACGCUUCUUCAUCUGGUGCUCAGUUCGUAGCUGGACGGGCAGCGCCCCGGACCCCCGGCAGAGGAGCUCCUGGGUGCUGGGGCCAGGGUGCCUGCAGAGUGGGGCUUGGAGACUUCUGGUCCCUGCUCCAAAGACAGACUCAGGAACGGCAAUGCCUUCGGAACUGAGGCAGGGUCUCCAGGGGGCAGGGCUGCUGGGAGGAGGGCUGUGUGGGGGUUGGAGGGGGUGGAAGGCUCCAAAACCAUCUGAGACCCUCCCCCUUUGCUGCCACCCAGGGUGCAGGCCACACUUGGUGAGUCACCUGACCUACUAAUGCCCCGAGGGCUUCUAGUCCUGUCUGUCCUCCCACCUGGGCUUCUGCAGAAGUCUCUCUCCAUCCAGACCAGCCACAGGGCCACACCGCAUCCUUACCUCAGGAAUGGGCCCCAUGGUGAAGGGGCCCGUGUGUCAGCAGCAUCCUCUGGGUCCCCAGCUCAGGAAGAGCCGUCCCCAGCUCCGAUUGUCCCACACUAAUAUGCACACUGAAUUGGAAGCAAGCUGUUACCCUAGCCUGCCGAUGAGACUGGGACACAAGGCAUACCUGGGGCUCUGGGUUCCAGAUUGCAACAAGGACCAGCCCCUAGGGGUCCUCCCAGACAACAGGUGCAAAGAUGGAUACCCCCCAUCCCCUAGCCUGGUCCUCCUUCCCCACGUGCUGGCUCCACCCGGGGUGGGGAAGUCUUGGAGGGGCCCCCAGCCGGCCUCCUGCCGUGUACGAUGCCUGUAGACUUGUAUAUGACUCCUUUAAUAUUGUAAAGAUGCCGAUGUACAAUUGUGUGUGUGUGUGUGUAAACACAUUACGUUCCCAGUUCAUGCCAUAAAUGAUGCUCUAAAGUGAA